CCUAUUUAUGUUUUUGGGUGCUCUGCUAUAUUUUAGGCUAGUUUUCCCUAACAGAAGCAAGACCCAGCGAUGAGCCAAGUGGAGCUGAUUUGGGGCGCCUUCUCCUUGAUGCUUUUGGGGGCCCUUCUGAGCAUGUGCAUGAAGUGCCAACGGGCAGAGAACAAGCGGAAGGCAAGCUUGGAUGUUCAGAGGAAUCCAUGCGCUGCAGCAGACUACACAACCCCAGAUGUGAGGGAGAGGCUCUCUUCACAUUCUCAGAGGCAAUCUUGCUCUCUGAGACCCAAAGACCAGUCGGGAUUCGAGGUGGAGCACUGCUGCUCCAGGAUGCAAAUGGAGCAAGACCCUGCUUACAUCGAGCCACUUCCUGCCGCUCAUUAUUACAACUGCAGAAAAUUCUUAAGUGCUUCAAGUGACGAUGAUAACCACUCCUAUCAAAACGUGGUCGGGCCGUUCGGAAGCAACGCAUCUGUCUUGGUCAACGCAGACGUCUACGAGAACAGCACUGUCGUCCAGUUAUGGAAGUACGCUCAGGCCGCAGGCAAGUGUCACUUUGCAAAGUCUGGUGCAAAACACCGUUGUGAGGCUUUAAGCGUGCAUCUACACUGUGGAAUUAAUGCAGUUUGACACCACUGUCGCCGCCA